AUGGAAAUUUUGGCGAUGAAGAAUAAUUUCGAUUACACUGUUAUCAAAUCCACGAGAAAAUGGUGGUAUAUUCGAUGUAAGGAUGCAUUGUGCAACUGGACUGUGCGUGCAGAAGGAAUAGAUGGGUCUACAUAUUUCAUGAUCAACCAAUGUGAUGGAAGACAUUCAUGUGCUCCUUCAAAGAAAAGGAAAUUCGGAAAAACAGCAUCUGCAAGAACAAUUGGGACUCUGAUACAACAUCGAUUUGAUGAUGCAAACGAUGGCCCAAAACCGAAUGACAUCAUUAAAUUUAUGAGAAUGGAGCAUAGUUGUGAGAUUACUUAUUGGCAUGCUUGGGAAGCUCGUGAGUUUGCUAUUGCAGCUGCUAGAGGUAUACCAGAUCGCAAUUACUCUAAAGUACCAGCAUAUUUGCAUAUGAUUAAAGAAGCAAAUCCUGGUACGCAUACUCACUACGAAACUAAUGAGAAGGGAAGAUUCAUGUAUCUAUUUAUGUCAUUUGGGCAAUCAGUUAGAGGAUUCUACAAUGCAAUGCGAAGGGUGAUUGUCGUUGACGGAAGUUUUCUGAAAAAUAAAUACAAAGAGACACUUCUUGUUGCUACUGCUGUAGAUGGUAACUCUAAUUUGUAUCCGAUUGCAUUUGGGGUUGUUGAUUCAGAGAAUGACGAUUCAUGGGGGUGGUUCUUCAGACAGUUGAAAGUGGUUAUUGCUGAUUGUCAAGAUCUAGCUUUU